AAGAGGUGGGACAACUAUCCCGUAUGUAGAAGAAGAGUCCAGGGGUAUUCCAUCAGCGAAGACCACACAACCAAUCACGUCUCCGAGACGAUGGCCAGCCAAGAAUGGGCUGCGGGAAUAGCACACUGGGAUGGGUUAGACGGCAACAAUUAUUUCACGUUAGCCGUCUCGGUCCGCUCAGCAUACCACGCAGGAGAGGGAGAGGGGGUGGAGACAGACGGGAACAGGGACGAAGGCUCAGGGAGGGGAGAGAGAACAAGGGUUCCUUGUUGUCUAGAAAACGGGAGAGCCGCUCCCCGACUCCCUCACCCUCCUCCACCCGUCCCUGGUCCCUUGCCCCCGUUACCGCCGAGAUCCCCCGCCGAGUUCAUGUCCUACAUAACGGUUGCGAUACUACGUACUCGACAGGGCCGUUAUGCUUACUCGCAGCCACGAUAACCAAGGUGCCACGACAGAAUUCAGGAUGCGAUCCCUGGUCCGGAGACUGGUUUUAUUACGGUCGAAUUGGUCACGGUCUAUUAUGCGUCGACCAAUGCCGGUCUCGAGCGGGAGCGAAGGAGUCAGCUUCUUCACGGAACGCAGUGGCGGUCUCCUAUCCCAGAUAUUGGUGGUUUCGAACUCGGAUCCCUACACACACACACACACAUGCCUACAUACACACACACAGAGGCACGCACGCACGAGCACCCUGGACAAGAUCAUCGUGAUUAUGUAUCUACACGACCAGGGACGCAGUUCAUGUGACCCGCCUACCCGGGCGGUUUCUCGUGGACGUUGUCUCUGAGUGA